UCAGCACGCGGCGCAGAAGGAUGGCGGAGCUAUGGAUCUCGCUCAUUCGGAACGCUGCCUGCGUGCUGAAGAGCCUGCUCCCCGCAGAGUACACCGUAAUGCAGCCCCUCAUGGCCUUCCCCUUCCCCUUGUUCUCGUCUGGCGGAGGAGCGGGAAAGCUGGAGAUGUUCACGGGUCUGGAAGGCUUGAUAGGCGUGCUGCAGUUGGCGGGGGCUGGCUUCAACCUCUGCAAGGGCGCCAAGGGUUUAGCGGGCGGUGUCGUCAUGGCGGAGUACAUCGUCAGGUGGCGAAACGCUCUGGCAGAGUACGACAUGGGCGUGGAGGGCAAGGCGAGGGGAGUGGCCGCUCUGUCGGUCGUCCUGAAACGGCAAGAUGCCGCCAACAACCGGAGGAUAAUCGCCGGCAUCUGCCAGCUGGUUAUCGGCACGGGGUGAGAAGAGAGCGGGGAAACAGAGAUCGGUAUCUGUGUAGUGCCGGCCAUGCCCCCAUCUGCUCAACCAAUGUUUUUAGUACGGCUUUUCGUAAGUAUCUGUACUGAUACAAACCUCAGUACCGAUUCUCGACACUGUACUAAACGUACUGUUGCGUUUAGUACGGCUCUCCAUACUGUACUAAGCGUACUGUUGAGUUUGGUAGGGCUUCCCAUGUUGUUGUUGUUUGUCUUCACAUUAAACCGUAUGUCAGUUGCUAAAUGCCAAAAUCUAGCAAAAGACUCUCAGCCCGUGGUCACGAAAGUGCUAGAGCCAUCUGAGGAUCUAAAGAACACGCACACAUCUGACGAGAAAAAGGUAUGCAAGAGCCCGAAGAGGUACACCUAAAAAUCCCUGCAGCACCGUAUGCGUGCCCAAAAACUGAACUGCACGUCCGUCCCACCGUUCGACUACAG